AUGAAUGGCCUCGAACGUUUCCUGAGCCGGCCAACGGCAAAGCCAUACCGCUCUGGCAAACUCGAUCCUGCCGUUGAACCUCACAUAAACCAAGAUGGACACAUCAACUUUGCGCCUGGCGACAUCGAGAAUCCCCAAGAAUGGUCCACUGGGCGGCGCUACUACAUUACCAUUGUGUGCGUGCUAAUGGUCGUCAACGCUACUUUUGCCUCCUCAAGUCCAUCCGGUUCUAUUAGAGGGAUUUCAGAAUAUUUCCAGGUCUCCCAGGUGGCAGCAGGCCUGGUAAUAACGUUGUUUCUGUUGGGAUAUGUUGCUGGUCCAUUGAUUUUUGCACCUCUAUCCGAAUUCUACGGGCGCCGCUACAUCUUCUACGUUUCAUUCGUGGCCUAUGUAGCAUUCAACUUUCUAUGCGCCUUUGCCCCAAACUUCGGAUCUCUCCUUGUCGGACGCCUUCUAACCGGCACUUUCGCCAGUGCGCCUCUUACCAAUGCCCCAGGGGUUCUGGCCGAUAUUUGGGAUCCUGUUCAGCGAGGCAACGCCAUGGCUCUUUUCAGCAUGAUGACUUUUGUGGGACCAGCCCUUGGACCAGUCAUCUCUGGUUUCCUUGAGCUGACCAAGGGUGACCAUGGUUGGCAGUGGACGUUCUAUGUAAUGAUCAUGUUUGGCGGUGCGACAGCUAUACCGAUGUUCACCAUUCCCGAAACCUACCCGCCCGUGGUUCUACUCAACAAAGCCCGUCGACUUCGGGCGCUCGACCCUGAGAAAUACGGCCAUCUUAUCGCACCCGCCGAAGCCCACGGACGAUCUCUGGCAUCGGUCUUCCGCGUCGCUCUUCUUCGCCCGUGGCAGAUCCUGUUUGACCCGAUUUCUUUCUUGGUUGCGAUCUAUGUGUCUGUUGUGUACACGCUCCUAUACAUGUUGUUCAGCAUAUAUCCAAUCGUCUUCCAAGAGAUGAGAGGAUGGAAUUCUGGUGUCGGUGAGCUGCCACUGCUCGGCACCGUUUGUGGCGCAGUACUGGGUGGCAGCAUCGUCUUUUACCAGUCUUCCCGCGACAGGAAGGCUAUCGAAGCUGGACAUCCCCGCAAAGCAGAAGAUCGCCUACCGCUUGCGAUGCUGGGCGGCAUAGUGUUUGCCAUUUCGAUGUUCUGGUUUGCGUGGUCGGCCAAUUACAAUUCUGUGCAUUGGUUUGUGCCGACCCUGGCCGGGGUAUUCCUAUCGACUUCAUUUCUACUCAUCUUCGUCUCCUACCUCAACUAUCUUACGGAUACCUACCUCAUGUAUACCGCAUCUGCAAUGGCCGCGAAUACCAUCAGCCGUUCGGCUUGCGGUGCCGCUGCACCUCUGUUCACCAAUCAGAUGUUCAAAGCAUUGGGAGUGGGUGGCGGAGGAAGCUUGGUCGGUGGCGUGGCGCUGUUGCUUGCGCCCAUUCCUUUCGUCUUCUACAAGUACGGUGAGAGCAUUCGAGUCAAGUCAAAAUUCGCCCCAACAAAGCCCGCAAAGGCAGCGGCGAAAUCCGAUGAUGAAGAGAAGCAGGAAGGUACAGGCGAGAAGGAGGCCGAAACAGAAAGGAACCACACACAAGACCCUCUGUCGAGCUCGAGUGAGGAGUCUUUGGAGCUUGGGGCUGACUAUGAGACUACGGAGGAAAUGGAACGAAGGAUACAGCACAGAAGGAGAUUGGAGCAGGAGCAAAUGGAGAAGGUCAAGACCAAGAGUGAUGCAGGUGACUAG